AUGGCACGGGCCGGUGCCUCAAACCAGUCAAUGCGGGACUUGAUAUCCAAGAUGAAGGACGAGCCUUUUGGUGUCCGGCUGGAGUGUGGUUUUGUCGCCUCUAACUGGGAUAGGGUGCUUCACUCCUUGUUAGAGCAGUACCGGGGUACCGAGCUUCAAUCAUGCAUUCAGUGGCAUCCGUCACGCGUAUUUUGGAAUUUGGUCCUCGAUAGACUAAACGCCUUGGUUGCUGUCGCCGACAGCAUGCGUACUCAGAAGGAACUUUUAUAUACAGUCCCUAGCUUUACUGGCUUUGCUUUUGUGGUGUAUAUGCUUUCGUCAUUGAGUCAAAGACCAAGCGAUUGGUCACAUCUUUCACCCGUAAAGGAUAAGCUCAAGGAGUUCUCUUGUCCUCGGCCCAGCUUGCUCUUCGUCCCUGGCCGCUUCAAGCGAACAGAUGACAAGCAACACUGGUACGGCACAGUCAGUAUGCGCAAAGCUUUGAGCAGUAUAUACGGCAACAAGCUUCUUAGAAGAAUUCUGGAGGACUCCGUUCACACAGAAUCAGUUGAUUCCACGGUGACUUCAGGCUCAAGCGUCUUUCAUGUGGUUGCCCCGACUCCUUUAAUUCUCGAAUCCGGCUGGGAAUUCUUUUGGCUGGCUGUCUUGUACUUUAAGGCCUAUGGUCCUUCCACUGCUUGUGUCGCUCCUUUUACGCAGCUUUUGCUGAAAGAGCUUCUUUCGAAGGCCAAUAUUUUGGACAAAUUCACAAAGGACCUCGAUAGUGUACAACAAGCACAUCAGCUUGGACAUUCCUUUUUUAAAGAUUUAAGCAAUCUGGACUUGUACUUCAAGGCAAUAUCAUACUUAGUGCCUACUUAUCUUUUUCCGGAUUGCUUUUAUAUUAUGCCUUCUACGAACCCAAAAUUCAAGAUCGAAAAGUACCUGUUCCCUUCCUUUGACGCCAUCAAGACUGACAAUGAAGCAGCAGUGGCUGUUAUGCAGAGAAGAUACUGCUGGAGGAAGUAUGAAUUUCGUGCUGCUUACAUUACUCUAUGCAUUAAUCAUCCGGAAUUUGAACAAGAGUUGGUGAAGUUUCGUGACAAAGUCCUUAAAUACAUCUAUGAAAAUUAUGAAUUUGUUCCGAAUUUGGCUAAAGACAGCAUAUGGUCCACAUCUUAUGGUUAUGAAAUAGUGAAAAUCGUCAAGUAAAUGCACGUAUACUAUGCUUUCGUUACAUGCCUUUUCUUUUUAUGUUUUUACUAUAUGAUAUACUUUAUGACUUCUACAACAUAUCUUUACAAC